AUGAUCUUCUUUCACAGCAAGACAAGGUUAGUCUCCACCCUCGUCCAAACUGGUUGUGCGCCGGUUUUUGGGAAGCGGUCUCCGAUUCCAAUCUCUUGGAUAUUCCGCUGGAAGUGUGAACCAAUUCAAAGGUACCGCCACAAGUCCUACUCCUUCAGGUUUGAGAAUUCUUGGCUAAAAGAAGAGGAGCUGCAAGAGGUGGUUAGUAAAGGGUGGAAUGUCGAGGCAGAGGUGGAUGUUCUCCAACGUAUUAGCAAUUGUGCGCUGGAACUUUCAAGUUGGAAUAAGGUGAAGUACAAACAACAACAUAAUAAUUUGUUUAUCUAUAUGGCAACCAUGGAAGCUGCUCGUUUGUCACAUGAUGAGAACGCGACAACGAGAUUUAUCGAAGCACAGAGGGAGUAUAAUAAAAUCCUUAACAUGGAGGAGAUUUUCUGGAAGCAACGGGCCAAGAUGCAUUGGUUUCGACGUGGUGAUUCGAAUUCGAGAUUCUUCCACAGGUCCGCUACAGUUCAUAAUAAGUUUAAGAGAAUUGACUCGCUGGUUGAUGAGGCAGGAGUGGAGGAAAAUAGGAAGUUGUUGGAUCAUAUUACCAAAGAGGAACUCUAUGAAGCCCUGCUCCAAAUGCACCCGGAUAAAUCUCCGGGUCCCGACGGGUUCAAUCCGGCGUUUUAUCAACAUUUUUGGGAGCUUUGUGGGAUGACAUUUUCAUGGCAGCCUCUGUGUGGUUGGAGAGGGUGUGCAAAUCCAAAAGACAUGAAGGACCUCCAACCCAUAUCUCUUUGUAAUGUUGUUUACAAGUUGAUUGCCAAAAUGCUAGCAAAUCGGUUGAAACUUGUUCUUAAUAAGUGUGUUUCGGAGGAGCAGUCGGCGUUUGUUGAAGGGAGGUCCAUUCUUGAUAAUGCUAUGGUGGCCACGGAAAUUAUUCAUGCUUUAAAAAGGAAUUCGUCCGGUAACAAUGCCCAUCUAGCCUUAAAGAUCGAUAUAAUGCACUAUUCUGUUCUUGUUAAUUCCGAUAGAGUUGGACCUAUUAUCCUAGGAAGAGGACUAAGACAAGGAGACCCUUUAUCACCGGCAAAUCUUGUGGAGGCAACAAACCUUAUGGAGAUUUUUAACAUUUAUGCAGCGACAACAGGUCAGGAGAUCAACCUGUCGAAGUCUGAGGUGUUUUUUAGCCGUAAUAUUAGUGGCCCAGCCCAAGAAGACUUAGCCCAAUUGAUGGGGGUGAGGCGGGUCUUGGGUACAUGGACGUGCUUGGGGUUACCCUCCAUGAUAGGUAGAAGCAAGAAGGUGGUGUUCUCUUUUAUCAAGGAUAGGAUUUGGAAAAGAGUCAAUUCUUGGAAUGAUAGAUCUUUAUCUAAAGCUGGAAAAGAGGUUAUGAUUAAGUCGGUUCUUCAGUCGAUACCGACUUACAUCAUGAUUGUUUAUUUGAUUCCGGAUAGGAUGGUGAAUGAUAUUGAAAAAAUGCUUAACUCUUUCUGGUGGGGUGGUAGUGGUAACAACAAAGGCAUAAGUUUGUGGAAGGCAAAGGUUGCUCUUAAGCAUGGUAUUAGGUGGACUAUUGGAGAUGGUAGUAACAUUAAGGUUAUGUAUGACCCGUGGCUCCGAGAAAGAGGAAGUUGUUAUCUUAAUGGCCCGCAAAAUCAAAGCACUUAUGAACUCUUGGUUAAAGAUCUUUUGUUACCCAACAUAAAGCAAUGGAAUGUGGGUAAGACUAACCAAAUUUUUGACACUGAAGGGGUGGCAGUUAUUCUUAGAGUUCCUCUAAUAGAGGAUGUGAGGGAGGAUAUGUUGAUUUGGCAAGAGGAGCAAAAUGGUGAGUAUAGUGUGAAAUCGGGUUAUAAAAUUUGGAAUGGAUUUUUAGGGGUUGCCUACCGACGCGUGCAAAGCUACAACAACGUCAUGUUCAAUGCUCGUCUUCGUGGGGAUCAUAGAGAUGCAGGUCAUUUUGCUGUUUUGCUCGAGACCCUUUGGAGGGGUAGGAAUAAUGUGAUUUGGCAAGAUACUUGGGAUGAUGCUUUGAAGAUUGGUUUACAAGCUUAUCACAAUUGA